CUUAAUAAUGGAACACUGUACCUGAAUAAAGUGGGUUCUGACGAGGAAGGUGAUUACACCUGUUAUGCUGAAAACAAACUGGGUAAGGACAAGAUGCAUGUUCACAUAAGUGUGGUAACUGCAGUGCCACGCAUUCAGCGCCCAAUUCUCUCCUAUGCCAAAGUGAAGCCAGGUAGAAACGUUCGCUUUGACUGUAAGGCUAUAGGUGAGCCCAAGCCAAAUGUCUUUUGGAUGCUUCCGUCCAAAGACAUUAUUGCUGCAUCUAAUGAUCGUUACUUAGUGCAUGCUAAUGGUUCCCUUGAUAUACAAAAUGUUAAAUUAGUUGAUGCAGGGGAGCAUGUCUGCAUGGCUCGUAAUGCUGCAGGUGAGGAGAAUAAAGAAUAUAAACUAGACAUUGAUGGAAACCCACCCAUCAUCAAUGGCUUGAAUCAAAAUAGAACUGUGUUGAAAGAUACAGCAGUCAAAUAUACUAGAAAGCUAAUAGACUGCAAAGCUGAAGGGGAUCCAGCACCAAAGAUUACAUGGAUCAUGCCUGACAAUAUAUUUCUUACCGCUCCCUAUUAUGGGAGCAGGAUUAAUGUCCACAGCAAUGGUACGCUAGAAAUCCGUAAUGUUAGACCAUCAGAUACAGCAGAGUUUAUUUGUAUGGCUCAGAAUGAUGGAGGUGAGGCAGUCAUGUUGGUUCAAAUGGAAGUGACUGACAAACUCAGGAGGCCUAUUUUUAACAACCCUUUUAAUGAGAGAGUGGUGACUCGGGUAGGGAGAACUGCAGUGCUAAACUGUUCUGCUGAUGGGCAACCCAUGCCUGAAAUUAUAUGGACACUCCCCAAUCGGACUCGGUUCAGUGGAACACCUGGGUUCAAGGGCUCAAGAUAUCACCUGGGUACCGAUGGCACAUUUGUUAUUUAUAACUCCAGCAUAGAGGACACUGGUAAAUACCGUUGUGCUGCAAAGAACAAAGUGGGCUAUAUCGAGAAGCUGGUCAUUUUUGAGGUGAUUCAAAAGCCUUAUAUUCUAACAUGGCCAAAGGGGAUAAUUCAGGGGAUUUCUGGACAAUCCCUCUUCCUGCAUUGCCUGACAGAUGUAAUCCAGCUCAGCAUUUCUUGGACCAUGCCAGGAGGUUUUGUUCUUGCACGUCCACAGGUGAGUGGGCGCUACCAUUUGAUGGAAAAUGGGACACUUGUUGUACAUGAGACAGUCAUACAUGACCGUGGGAAUUACGUGUGCCGAGCAAAGAAUGAUGCUGGUGAGGCAGUUCUUUCUGUGCCUGUUGUAAUUAUUGCAUAUCCACCCCGGAUCACUAAUGGGCCACCACCAACUGUGAGAGGAGUGGCUGGAGUUCCUGUUUAUCUUAAUUGUGUUGCUAAUGGAAUACCUACACCAGAGAUAAACUGGGAGCUACCAGAUCGGUCUAUUCUUUCUACAACUGGAAAAGAACGACCUGUAGGCAGUGAGCUUCUCCACGCACAAGGGACACUUAUAAUUCGAAACCCCACAAGAGCGCAUUCUGGUAAUUACAAGUGUAUAGCCUUUAAUUACCUGGGCAGAGAUACCAGAACAACAUAUAUGACAGUAAUAUAA